AUGACUAAAACUGUCUAUUUCCGAAAAUUGGGACGGCCAAGUGCUCAUCGACAAUCGUUACUAAGAAGCUUAGUAACAUCUCUGGUGAAACACGAGAAUAUCCAGACAACAUGGGCCAAAGCCAAAGAAGCACAGAAGCAUGCUGAACAUUUAAUUACGAUGGCCAAAAAAGCAAGUCCUAAAAACAAUCGACGCGAUUUAGCGCAGGGAAUGGUAUUUGAACAUAAGAGCACGUUGAAUAAGGUGUUUGAGGUGCUGUUGCCUAGAUAUAAUCAACGAAGAUGCGGGUAUACGCGUGUUUUGCGGAUGCCUCCAAGAUACGGAGACAAUGCACCUCAAGCUAUACUUGAAUGGGUGGAUGGAUCCAAGGACACGAGAUUCCACAUGACGGCGAAAGCAGUAGGAGUUGCUUUAGCGCACAAGCGACCUUUACAUCCAAUGACACGAGUGAAUAUGGAAAAAGUUUUGAUGUUUAGGAAGAACGGUAAACAAGAGUUUGACCAGCUUGUGGAAAAGGCAAAAGAAGAAGAAUCGACUCGACUUCAAGAAGAGUACAAAUCCGAAAAGGAAAUCGAAGAAAAACCCUGGAAGCGUGGAGAUCGUGUCCCUCUACCCAAAUAUGUAUAA